GUCGGCUUCUGCCUUCUCGGUGGUUCGUGGCGUUUCUCAGGGGGGGAGCGGGGCGGCCUUGGCCAUCGGAGGCGGCCGCAGUGCGGACGUUGAUAGGCGCCUGCAGGAGGAGCGCAGACUUGCAGAGGGCCCUGCGCCUGCUGGACGAAAUCGAGGAGCGGAGGCUCGCGCCGGACCCCUUCACCUACAACACCCUGAUAAGCACGUGCGAGAGGGGCGCGCGGCCUGGCGCCGCGCUCGAGCUCCUCGCGGAGAUGCAGCGGAGGCUGCUCUCGCCCGAAGUCAUCACCUACAACACGCUCAUCAGCGCCUGCAUGAAGGGCGACCAGGAGCCAACGCAUUGUUCUACAGCGGCUGCACCUGAGCGAAAGACCCCGGUAUUCUCUGCAGUGUUGGGUGGACGCCCCCCUUCCCCGCCACCGCCAUUUUGAAUUGAUUUUGACCGGCGAGCCCGUCGCCAUUCUGCUUUGGGCGUCGCGUAAUGGGGGCGCCGCCCCAUUGCUGGCUGCUCCCCGCGCUUGUUUUUGCACGUGAUUGCAAGCUCCGGCGCCUGGGAGCGCAUGCGCGCGCUUGCGAGCGUUUGCGCGUGAUUGGAGGCGCCCGCGAGCGCUGUCAUCGCCUGCGAGCGCUUACGCGCGCCUGGGAUCACCUGCGGGCACUCGGGGGCGCUUGCAAGCGUUCGGCGCGUGCGACCGCCUGAGAUUGUCUGGGAACGCCCGCGGACGUUGGAG